AUGAGUUCCAUCCAAAUCCUCUCCACCACUACCAUCCAUGCACCAAAUCACCCAAAUGACUACUCAAUCGAUCUAACACCAUGGGAUCUACAAUACCUCACAUUUGGAAUCAACCAAAAGGGUGUUCUUUAUCACCACCCUCCCAACUUAGAUACCACAAAUCAAAUCCAACACCUUAAACAAUCCCUUUUAUCUACUCUUGAAUAUUUUCAUCCCUUAACGGGUCGUCUCAAUGUCACAAAUCACGAAGAUAACACCGUCUCUUAUUCCGUCAACUGCAAUAACGAAGGUGCACUCUUUAUUCACGCCGAAGCUAAAGAUAUUAGCGUCGGCGAGAUUCUUGAAUCAACUUAUCUUCCUGUUAUUUUGUAUUCCUUUUUCCCACUUAACGGAGUUAAAAACUACCAAGGGACAACAAAGCCGUUAUUCGCCGUUCAAGUAACGGAGUUAAUUGACGGAAUUUUCAUUGGCUGCGCCAUCAAUCAUUCUGUUGUUGAUGGUACCGCGUUUUGGUAUUUCAUCAACACAUGGGCUAAAAUCUCAAAGGGUGAUUUUGAAAUUUCUCCGGUUCCAUCGUUCAAACGAUGGUUUCCGGAUAGUGUCCAACCUCCGAUUCGAUUUCAAUUCCCAAAAGAAUCACAAAAUGAUGAAGAGGAAAAACUCUGCAAGCCGAUGUUUGAGAGAUUAUUUCAUUUCUCAAAAGAGAAUAUUGCAAAACUAAAAUCUAAAGCCAAUUUAGAAGCUGGUAAGACAAGAAUAUCUUCUUUGCAAGCUGUUUUCACUCACAUUUGGCGCGCUAUAGUACGAUCUAGAAGCGUUGAUCCGCAAGAAGAAUUGAAAUUCGGGAUAGAUAUAGGCGUUAGACCAAGAUUGACUCCUCCGCGGAAAAAUGAUUAUUUUGCUAAUGCUGUGGUUGAGUGUGCGGUUACCAUGAAAGCCGGUGAAUUGUUAGAAGAUGGUGGGCUUGGUAAAGGUGCUUGGGAGAUGAACCAGAAAAUUGCUUUGUAUAAUGAUGAGAUGGUGAAAAAUCUGUUUGAAAAUUGGUCGACAACGCCAAGUUUUAGUUUUCUCGGGAGCAAUCUGGCGGAUAGUAAUUCAGUAAUGAUCGGUAGUUCGCCUUGGUUUGAUGUUUAUGGAAAUGAUUUCGGUUGGGGAAAGCCCGUGGGGGUUCGAAAUGGGGGAACCAAUAAAAGAAAUUGGAAGGUAUAUGUGUGUGCGGGUGUUGAAGAAGGUAGUAUGAACCUUGAAGUCUGUCUUCCUUAUGAAAAUUUGGAGGCAAUCGGGAAUGAUUCUGAGUUUAUGGAUGCUGCUUCUGGUUGA